CAAACUUCUAUUUCGAUAAAUGUAAUCUUCGACGUAGGUCCAGACCUGCCAAUAAAUCACAGCGGAAGCUUGAUUAGCAGACUGAAGCAAGAUCGAAACGCAUCCUGCGCAUCCAACACCUUGCCGGACGGCACCUCUGAACCUCGCCGAGUCAAGUUCUAUAUACAAUACAUUAUACCAUUCCAACGCUGACCAUGGAAAGACCACGUGUUACACCGUCCUCUGAGACUACGUCUUCCCCCACAUCAGAUGGCUUGCUCACUCCACAAAGCGACAGUGCGUCGACAUCCCCGGCAGCCUUGGCUCAUGGCCAACUUCAAGACUUAACCCAGCAGAUUGAGACCAUCAGACUCAGUCAAGAUGUGCCUCUUCCUUCCAUUGAAGGAAGCUCAAUCGGUUCUUCUGGCGGCGUGCCUCUUUCACGGGGAACAACUCAUUCUAGAACACCAUCUGUCGCACUGACGCCACCACCAGUGGGCACAUCCGAGAACUCGCGUGCAGCUCACGCCUCUCGCAGGACAUCUAACAGCAUUGAUGAUCGUCUAGGAAUGUCAGACGUUGCCGCUGCGAUCGGAGGCGUCGGAAGGGAUUCGGGGAGUCCUGGUGUCUUUCUACGCCCCGAAAGUCCUGCUGUUGAAAACAGUUCCUCAUCCCGCCGGGCUUCUAGAAGGCGAUCGAGUUCGCGCACCAAUACACCCAUUCAUGACGUGAAAGAUGAAGAGCUUCCGAAUGAUCGUUUCAACGAGGCAACGUUCCAGGAGGCUUUUUCGGACGCAAAGAGGCUCAUGGCAGAGUUGACUGCUGUGCUUUCGAGCAACACUAUUAACCACGAGCUAGACUCAACCAUGAGACAACUUCAUGAGCAAGCUGGCAAACUAGCUCGGUUCCAUUGUCCUUCAACUCGAACAGUCGGAUUCGUUGGCGACUCGGGCGUAGGGAAAAGCAGUCUGUUAAACUCGCUUCUAGACUGUAAGGGUCUUGCCAGAACCAGCGAUGGUGGAGCUGCCUGUACCUCCGUCGUUACCGAAUACCACUACCAUAGCACCGAAGAAUUCGUCAUCGAAGUGGAAUGGUUUGGCAUAGAUGAGACAAAUGCACAGUUGACCGAGCUACUCCAGGCCUACCGCGACUAUCAUUCUCUAGGCACAGGUAUCGACGAACAUGAGCUGAACGACCUCAGAGAUCGCUCGAAGGUUGCACAGGAUACGUUCCAAGCAAUGUUUAGGGGACGCCUUGGAGACGAAGGGUUUCUCACCCAGUGGUCAGAGGCUGACGUUAUGCGGACUCUAAGAUCAUGGGUAACAGGGGCAGGUCACUCAUCGUCCGGUCGUCAAGCCUACAACUCGCUGGAAGAUUGCUCAACACAGUUGAUGCACCUCACUUCCGAACAGAUCGGGAAUGUAGAGCCCGCAAAAUGGCCGUACAUACGCAAAGUCAAGGUUUUCUUGAAAGCCCAUAUCCUGAGCAAAGGCCUUGUUCUUGUGGAUUUACCAGGACUUCGCGAUCUGAAUUCUGCCCGAAGGGCAAUCACUGAGCGAUAUAUGCUCAAAUGCGAUGAGAUCUUUGCAGUAUGCUGUAUAGGCAGAGCGACAACCGAUGCAAGCGUUAUGAAUGUCUUCGAGACAGCAGAAAAGGCCAAGUUAUCCCACGUUGGAAUUGUCUGCACCAAAUCAGCAGACAUUCGACCCGAGGAAGCCAGGAAAGAUUGGGGAGGUGACAAAGCGAGGAUAGUCCAACAACAUGAAGAUGCAAUAGCAAGAGAUAGACGGGAUUGGGACGCUGCUGAUGCAGAAGUAGAUGAUUGGAACCAGGCCGAUGAUUUAGAUGAUGAGGAGAGGGAAGAACAAGCCAAGGCUAUUCGACGCUCUCGAGAAGCGAGGAAACGAUUCGAUAAACAUCAGCUCGAAUUACAACAAUACCUCAUCAGUAAUCGAAACAAGGAUGUCACCAAGGCUCUCGAAAAUAUAUACCGGGAAAAGCUGCCCGGUAAUGAUUUAAAAGUUUUCUGUGUUGACAACAUUAUGUAUCAAGAUCACCGUACCGAACCAAAAGAUGACGCACUUCCUUUCCUUGCACUCAGCGGCAUUUUUGCUGUCCGCAAGCACUGCAUCGCAAUGGUUGCAAGUAGCCAGCUUCGUUACGCGAUGAAAUAUAUCAACGAUGAUAUUCCAGCAUUUCUAGGAGAUGUUGGGCUCUGGGUACAGUCGGGAGCGGGGACUGUAGAUGCGGAACGAAGAGGGGAAAUUCGAGAGACACUUAAUGUUCUGGAAGCUCGGUUGCAGGGUCACCUCACAGGCAAUGCUUCUCAUAUCAGUAGGAUUGCAAGAUCAGGUAGAGAAAUGUUCAGAGAGCAAAUAUCGCAAAGACAACGCAUAGCCAACUGGACGGCAGCUGCAGCCAGGGCCAGUGGUGAAUGGGAUUCUUGGUAUCAUUCAACAUAUUCCGCUUUCUGUCGAAAUUAUGGGACCCACUGUACGGCAGCGGUAGGCAGGCACAACUGGAAUGCAGAAGCGAUGAAAAAAAUGGUUAGGGAUUUGACGACUCCAUGGCAGGAGCUGAGGUCAAUGAUUCAGAGCAGUCUUGAGCGAGACAACCAAUCUAUCCAAGAUCUGAUGGACGACAGCAUGGAUUUUGCAGAUGACCAGCUUCAACAUUCUUUGGAGUUGGCUGACACCCUUGGCCAAACGAUGAGAUCGCGCCAACAUCUUCUACUUGCAGAUAUUGAACAAGCCUGCGAGAAUUUUGAAACGAGCCUCUCCCUGCUGAGAACGGAUGCGUUUUCCGGUCUUCGCACCUCGUUUUUCGGGCAACUCAUGGAGGAUUCUUAUAGGAGAUGCAAUAGAGAUUCUGGGGGCGGAAGUGACAGAAGAAGAAAGACAGUCAUCGAAGAUAGGUUGAGCGACGAAACCGUCUUCAUAUUUCUGCACCGAAGCUUCAAAACUCAAUUCAGCGUUCUGGUUGAAACCCUUCAAAGUGAGAUUCAAUUAGCCGUUGCAACGCACCUAUCUGUUAUCACACAUACACUGGAUAUCGUUAGGAAUGAGAAUGUUGCUGUUGAGAGCGAGAGGGAUCCAGAGUUCAGGGGGAGGGUGGAAAGGGAGGUGAGGGCUGCCUUGCAGGAAAUGCGUCGGCUGCAGGGUAUAGAUGCGUCUUCGAGUACAGGGGAUGGGCGAAGGGUGGCAUUCGAAGCUUAGAUUUGGUGGGCUGGUUGAACUUAGGUUCUCAAACGCCAAAGUUCCCGAUUCAAACAGAGAAUUGACUGGUUUUGUCUUAUUAGUGGGUUCGGCUCUUCAAGUAAAUAGCAUACUGCCUUUUUCUCGCUCCCCACUUCCCUGACGCCAUCAACCCAAUAUAUAUUUAAAAUCGCA